ACAAUAUUCAAUAUAGUACAGCAGUAUUGUACAGCAAUAUCGUAUUGCAUAUUUUAAGUAAGUCUAAAAAAAUACAUUAUCUAUGCAAGUCUGUGGCACUUGCCACAGACUUGCCACUGAGGUGCCAGUGAGGUGCCAGUGAGUUGCCAGUGAGGUGCCAGUGAGUUGUCGCUGAGUACUGGCACCGAGCGGCACUUGCCACAGACUUGCCACUGAGGUGCCACUGAGGUGCCACUGAGUGCCAGCGUCGCUAGGGGGAUCUCGCCCCUACUGUGUCGAAGACUAUUUACAAAGUUGUUCCGCUUACUCGCCAUCGACAUUGGACGUGGUCUUAAAGAUCCCAACAUGGCAGGUAAGCCUCGUGCACUUUGAGACCUUUCCUCCAGGCAGCAGUAGGCCUACUUUGAAUAUCUUAACUUUAUUGUGGUUAGGUUAGUUAAAUAUUUAAGUUUAAAAAAAAAGAAGAAGCGAUAACGUCGGCACGAUGGUAACAAUCUAUAAAAUAUAAAUGCAGAUUGGAAAAUAACUACAAUUAAAUGUUCUUUUCUCGACGAUGCGCAUCGUGGUGUUUAUGCAAAUAUGAAAACAUUGAAUGGUCAAAAAAUAUUCUCCAUAACUUUUGGCUUGGAAAAUUCAUGCUCCCUGUUUAUUGGAUGGAUGUGUAGCCGAGGAUGUCUUCAGCCCACUCCUCAUCAGAAACUAAAUUUUUGCUAAUGUUAAAUACCAUCCAGGUAUAUAAAAAAUAAUAUACAAAGAUUAUAUUAUAUAUUCACUCAAAGGCACUUGUUAGUGAUAACACACCAACAUUAAUUUUGUUUAACCCUCCUGUUAUGUUGCGGUCAAAUUACAUAAAAAAUACAUAUCUUCUCUUACAGAUUCACACCAGGUUUUUAAUUCUACGGAGUCUGUUAUUCAGUUUGCUGGUCCACAAUGCAUAUUUUGCACCCUGCCAACAGAGGCUACUGCAGUGCAUCUCCAAGCAAAGCAUAUAAGGGAUGCUGUUCAUUUUCGUGAUGGAGACGCAGAGAAAAUGGUGCUGGCAUGUUUUUGCAAGGACAUCCAACAAACUCACAGAUCACACACUCAUUGUCCCUUUUGCAAUUACCGGGUUUUUGCAAGAAUUUGGAGCUUCAGGAAACACCUCCUACAAAUUCACGGGAUUGAAUCAUCCAAGAAAAGAGAAACAACUCAAAAGGACAAUGCUGCCACUGAGAAAUCCGGUGAAAUAACACAAGAAACGGUUUCCCCGAAAGAGAAACCUUUUCCAUGUGUAUAUUGCCCUGUAUUCUUUACAACCUCUGCCAACCUAAGACGCCAUAUUCGCGACGCUCACAACCGUCCAACGACACCGAUCUUGUGCAUCGACCCAAACCAUGGCAUCUAUGUGACUCCCAAACAUGAAUCGGGCCCCCUGCUCCCGAUUCAUGUGGUGAAAUGCAUUAGCACUCCUGCCAUUGAGUGUGAAGUUGCACUGUGCCGUAAAUUGAUGGAACUAGCCAAUGCAUCGGGAUAUCCUGGAAAGGAGUGCAUACACCUGGAGAGAAUUAAAUAUGCGGAUCUAUAUGUCCCCCCAGCAUCUGUCCAACAUAUUUCUCUCCAGGAAAUGUUGGACAAAGCGCUUAUAUCGACUGAAUGGAGCGAGUGUUGCAAGGAGUUGCAGUCAGCAACCAAAACAUCCGAAGUAUCCACCCCAUUUUAUAUGGAGAGGUUGGAUUUUCGAAAAGAUGGCUGUUCUUCUCAGUCUUCACCGGCAAAAGGGACAAUUGGUGCCGCUUUGAGCGGACCAUUGUCAGCUUUGACUCUGUGGGGGGUCAGUGGCAUUGUCCGUGUAGAGGAAGUGGACAGUCUCACCGCUGUGUCCACCACAUGAUGGCCAUGUGGUGGAUAUACCAAGAGUCUCCGAACCAUUUAUCUAACUGUGAUACCCAUCCAGAACAGAUAAUGAACAUGGAA